AUGGCUGAUUCAACUGAUGCAUUAUCUUCACCGACUGUAACUGCUACUAAAGGCACAAAACGUGAAGCUGAUUUAGAUGAUAUAAGUCCAACAAAAUUAAAAGCUUUAAAAGCUUCACGUAAUGGAAGAAAUGGUGAUGGACCAGUCGACGAUGACUCAUCGAAUCAUAAAAAUGGUGAUGAACAUUUACAUGAUGAUGACGACGAUGAAGAUGAUGAUGUAGCCGGUGGUGAUCAAGAAGGUGAUGAUUUCGAUGAAGAAGAUGGUUCUGAAGAUGAUUAUGACGAAGAUGAUACUGGAGAAAAUGGUGAAGAUGAUGAAGGUGAUUCUAAAGCAUCUGCUGGUAAAUCAAAUCCUCGAAGAGCUGCUGCUGCUGCUGCAGCAUCAGGUGCCAAUGAAAGUGGCGAUGAUGAAGAAGAUGAUGAAGAGGAUGAUGAACAAGAAUAA